CUUCUUUACACUACACCAAUCUUAUACCAACACCAUCAUUAUGAGCGACACUUUCCUCUUCACCUCUGAAUCCGUCGGCGAGGGCCACCCUGACAAGAUUUGCGACCAAGUUUCGGAUGCCAUCUUGGACGCCUGCUUGGAACAGGAUCCCCUCUCCAAGGUUGCUUGCGAGACCGCCGCCAAGACCGGUAUGAUUAUGGUCUUUGGUGAAAUCACCACCAAGGCCAACUUGGACUACCAAAAGAUCAUCCGUAACGCCAUCAAGCAGAUCGGCUAUGAUGAUUCGGACAAGGGUUUCGACUACAAGACCUGCAACGUCUUGGUUGCCAUUGAGCAGCAGUCGCCCGAUAUCUCGCAGGGUUUGGUCCAGAAGUCCUUCAACAUUGAGGAUAUUGGUGCCGGUGAUCAGGGUAUCAUCUAUGCCACCGAUGAGACUCCUGAGAUGAUGCCCAUGACCGUUGUCCUUGCUCACAAGCUCAACAAGCGCAUGGCCGAUCUCCGCCGUGACGGCACCCUUUCGUGGUUGCGCCCUGACUCCAAGACCCAGGUCACCAUCGAAUACAAGAAGGAAGCCAACGGUGCCUUGACCCCUCUCCGCGUCGACACCGUCGUCAUCUCGGUCCAGCAUGCCGAGACCAUUGAGACUGAAGACCUCCGCAAGGCCUUGAUGGAACACAUCAUCAAGCCCGUCAUCCCCGAGAACUUGUUGAAGGACACCGUCUACCACUUGCAGCCCUCUGGCAAGUUCAUCAUCGGUGGUCCCCAGGGUGAUGCCGGUUUGACUGGCCGUAAGAUCAUUGUUGAUACCUAUGGUGGUUGGGGUGCCCACGGUGGUGGUGCCUUCUCUGGUAAGGAUUGGUCCAAGGUCGAUCGUUCCGCCGCUUACACUGCCCGUUGGAUCGCCAAGUCGCUUGUCAACGCCAAGCUCGCUCGCCGUGCUCUUGUCCAGCUCUCGUACGCCAUUGGUGUUGCCGAGCCCUUGUCCGUCUUUGUUGACACCUACGGCACUGGCAGCAAGCCCGAUGCCGAGUUGGUUGAGAUCAUCCGCAAGAACUGGGAUCUCCGUCCUGGCGUAAUUGUCAAGGAGUUGGAUCUUUUCAAGCCAAUCUACCAAAAGACCGCUGCCUACGGUCACUUUGGUCGUGAGGAAUUCACCUGGGAACAGGCCAAGGAGCUCAAGUUCUAA